UAUUUUCUUUUCCACCGCAGGACUCCUCUUACCCCACUGCCCGGUAGUGAGCCCUGCUGGGAGGGGAGGGACGGGAACAGCUACAGGCUUCCCCACAGCAGUCCCCUAUCCUCCUCGGGGAAAGUGAGCCCAGAGAGCGUCAGAACACUGCGCGCUCUGUCCGAAUCCUCGGAGGACGGACAGACCCUGCAGGGGAAGAAGAUGCUGAGCCCUGGCAAGGAGAAGGAGCUGUCCCUGUACAAGAAGACCAAGCGAGCAAUAACCAGCAAGAAAUACAGCGUCUCCAAGCAUGAGGCUGAGGCUGAGGCCACCACGCCUAUCGAGCUCAUCAGCCGGGGCCCGGAUGGACGUUUUGUGAUGGAUCCUACCGAGAUGGAGCCGUCGAUCAAGCAGAGGAGGAUCGAAGGAUUCCCCUUCGUGGAGGAGUCGGAUUUGUACCCCGAGUUCCGACAGUCGGAUGAGGAAAAUGAUGACCCGGGACUGAUGCCUCCAGCAGUGGCUGCUCUCAAAUCCCAGCACUCGCCAAUCUCCUCCAGCCAGGAGUCUUAUCUCCAACCCCCAGCUUACAGCCCCAGGUUUCAGAGGCCCAUGGAAGGCAUGGGCAUGGUGGAAAGCAGCAGGCUACAGGCAACGGGACAGAUCAGAGCCCCUCAUCAUCAGGGCUUCCCACACGGCCAGUUCUAUAGCUACCUAGGCAGCCCCGACCCUCCCCCACCUUUCUACAUGCCAGAUGUCAGCCCCCUGAGCUCAGUCAUGUCCUCCCCGCCUCUGAUGCCAGAGAGACCCUUUGGGCAUCCCACUAUCCUCGAGGAGAGUGGGGAAGGUGAGAUGCCACACUACACUGCCUCCAGCAGCACCCUGCCCCUGACCCACACCCCCACCUCCGGACAAUCCCCUGAGCUUUGGCGGCGUCCUGAUUUGCCACUCAGGAGUCUUGAGGGACCCUCCCUGGUGUUCCCCCCGCACCAUCCUGUUCACCUCCACCACUACGCCCGUCGGGAGCUCCCUGAGCCUCCACUACAACCCCCCCAUCCUAGGGGCACCCUCCCAGUGAUUCCUUCCUACCCUGGCAUUCUGCAGCUGGAGGCACCAAAGAGCCGCCCCGGCAAGUCUCCAAGCAAGGUCAAGCCCACAGCCUCGAGUGGCACUACAGCAAAGCAUCUACCUAUGCAACAGGCACAGAGUCAAGGGCAGCUGAGACAUACCAGCAAUGGUAUGGGCGUACCGGUAUUGCCUUACCCCGAUCCGGCAGCCCACAUGUGGGGCCCAGGCAGCACAAGCACAUUCAGUGGGCUGGACACCCGGUGGUACGAGCCCAGGCCCCAGCUGAGCCCCAGGCAAGGGCGCAGAGUCGAUCCAAGCCUGCACCAAGUGGUCCUCCAACCAUCCCGCCUCUCGCCCCUCACCCAGAGCCCCCUUAGCUCCCAUGAAGGUUCCCCAGAGCUGGUGGUCCGCCCUCGGCCCCGGCCUGGCCUCAUCCAGCCGCCCAUUCCUCCGGAGAUGUCUGAGAUCACCUUGCAGCCCCCCUCCGGCGUCCGCUUCCCCAGAACAUCAUCACCCACCUCCUCGCCGGCCCAGGGCAGCAGGCGGCCCAGCCCCAGCUACCGGCCCCAGAUCGCCUUCGCCACCACAGCCACUAGCUACCCCUCCCAGUCCCCAUCUCCCCCCAUGGAAAGCAGUGACAUUUUCGGGCAGAUGUUGUCCCAGAGGAGGACGGAAGAGGAGAUCCUUCCUUCAGAGUCCUCGCCACCUCAGUUGUCAUCUUCAGGGAAACGGUUUGUUGCAUCGAGUGGUGCUGCUGCUGCGUCUGAGAGAUUUGAAGCUCUGAGAUACCAACGGAUUAAAAAACCCAAAAGGGUCCCCAAUGGCACCCCGAAAUCCAGGAAGAAAACAACCGGGCCCUCCUCUCAGACACAGCAGCUCCACGCCUCUCAGGUACUGCAACUCGAAGAAGCUCUCUACCUCCGCAAGAACAAGAAGAGGCAGCCCCGCCAGGACCCCUACGCCCGCUUCUCCGCCCUCCUGUACCGCCGACAGCCAGAGGACCAGAAGGCCAUUCUAGCCAGCAUGGAUACGGCUGACCCCAACCACGCCACCCUCCUCUGAAUCAGUCAGCAGCACGGGCACAGCAAACCACGACUAUGCCACCCUCCUCUGAAUCAGUCAGUCAGUCAGACAGUCCCAAUAACUCAUCUGCCAGCCUCUGGUAAAGGCACCGAUUAUUAUUUGUAUUCGAUUUUGAGUUAUAGCAAUAUGUUUUAAAAGAUAACAGAUUUUUUUUUUUUUUUUUACCAAACUCCGGUGCAGUUUAUUUUUGUUUGUUUUAUCAGAAUAGUUAAAUUGAUGUUUUUAUGACUAGUUUUGAAGCAGUUCUGUGCUGCACACUUUACACUGUAGCGGAGGCUUAAUAAAUCUAGCCUGCGGGGGUUCUAUUGGUAAAGGGCAUUGCAGUCCUAUGUGCUAAUGUUUUGUGAAUACAGACCCUGGCAUCCUGUAUAAAAAAGUACUAUAGUUCUGCCAAAAAGAAAACAAACAAACGACAGCUUCCUUAAAAAAACACACUGUACUGUAUAGGACUAUGGGAUUUUGUGCCAUAGUAUACUGUAGUAUUUUUAAAUAUGGGAGGGCUCUCUUUUAAAUCUAGCCAUGCAGGACCCUCAGAUACGGCAGCAUGAUGGGCUUAAGCUGGCACAACAUGAAUUAAAAAAGAGCUCAGAGUUGUUACUCUUCAAUUCUUCACUCAUCUUCCCUGCUACUUUAUUUAGACAGCAGAACCAGUAGCCGGCAUUGGCCGCUUUGUAACCCCAUCGCCCUGUACAUUAGCGGUGCUUCUAUUUUGCCUGAUGACCCAGAUGGUCCAAAAGUCAGUUCGCUGCUAAAGGGGUCUGUUUUAAUGAAUUACGCAGAACCCCCUAUUUAAUAUAUGCACACUCGAGUUACACUGAAUGUCUGGUGUCUUUUCAGAGUUGGGGUCAACUCCUGUUUUUUUUGUGUUUUUUUUUUUUUUUUUUUAAUUCCAAAUUCCGUUUUUAAAAUCAAUUCCCAAUUCCAAAUCCAAUUCCAAAUUCCUUCAGAAGAAGUGCAAUUGGAAUUUUUUGUUUUGUUUUGUUUUAAAGGAGUUAGAAACAGAAUUGGAAUUUAAAAGCAGGACCCCGACCCUGACUAUCCAGGAGUCUCUAUACAGGCAACAGGGCUACAACUGCCUGCCAGUGGCUGUUACAAUUUUGUUUUAGUCUUUCUCCACAUGCAAGGUGCUGAAUAGGAAUCACUUUCUAUCUACAUAUCCAUAUGUAAAAUACUAUGGUAUUCUGUUCUACUGCCAAAAUGACUAAUUCAACCAAUGCAUGUGCUUUGAUUUAUUAUAAAGGCGGCUAUUUUAGCUUUGAAAACAAAAUAACAAUAAUUGAAUACUUACUGUGUGCUUUGUUUUGUUUA